CGAUAUUCUGUUCUCCUCCCCAGGAUGAGUUGCUGACCAGUGUGAUGAUAUACUGGGUAACAGGAACCAUCCCUUCAUCCAUGAGGUUCUACAAGGAGGCGUUUGCUGGAAAAGCACUCGUGGCCAUCGGGCUACCAGUGACAGUACCAUCAGGUGUGGUAGCAUUUCCUCAUGAGAUCAUUAGCCACGUGCCUGAGUCCUUUUGCUACUGGGGCUACCCUAAUCUGGUCCACUACACCACCAUGCCCACCGGCGGGCAUUUCCCGGCCUUCGAACAGCCUGCUUUACUAGCGGAGGAUAUCCGAGCAUUUGCAAGGAAAGUAGAGGCUCUGGAUACUCCCAAAGAAAAGACACCCCAGUAGUGUUAUUCUAAUACAACUCAAUAUUUUAAUACAACUCAAUAUGAGCAAGGAGGUUAAACAAAACUCCUUGAUAUGAGAUUUACUUCUGGACGUUUAAAGUGACAUCCAUCAUUCUUCUUCAACGCCGCUAGAAAUAAUUGCCAGAACAAUUCAACACAAGUAUGGCUAACCAGAAAAAUUGCUUGAACAUGUCAAUUCACUAAUUCCUAAGGAUUGUAUGCAAAUGUCACUCAAAUAUAAAUCAUGUUUGGAUAGUUCGCUAUGGUAAGACAAUACCAUAGGAAAAGUUAUCGUCCUUUGUGAUGCAAAAUGGAGAGGCAUGUAAAGGAGAGUAGUGUUGAUUCCAGUAUAUGAGUAAUUUAUGUGAAGUAUGCACAAUAAUUAAAAGUCUUACAGAUUAACAUAUGGUAAGUGUAAAGCUGUAUAGACCAAUCCAGACUGUCCAAUCACAAUUAGCAGUUCACCCAAUGACAGUACAGCAAUUAGGGAUUUGACCAAUGAGAGAGUAGCUGCAAAUAUCUGCAUUUUAUGGCUUUAAUGGACACCCUAUAUUUUUAUUUAAGGAAGUGGCCUUAUGGGAUCAGUCUAUUGCAUAGAGUACCUGGGAUACUGUAGUGCAGCACUUGAUCAAGUAUAUUUGAAAGUGUAUACUUAGAAGAUCUAGAAGUGUACACACAGUGUACACACAGUUAGUAUACACUGCUUAUAGCUAAUAUAGAAACAUGGAUGUAAUUAAAAUAAUCUGUUCCAGAUGUAGACUAUAGAUUUUAAUUACAUAUAUUAUGAUGUCUGUGACCAUGUUUGUAAAUUUUGCUCUUUUUCUUAAAUGGAUAUUUGUUACUUUGGUGGGGGCUUUGUAUUUGUAAGGUUCACUAAUUAGCAUAUAUGCUAAUGAAAUAAACAUACUUCUCCAGUCAAGGGUCACAUA